UCUCACUCUUCGCCGAUACAGCUUUUUAAGCCUUCACGAAGAGAAGUGUUCAAGGGGAAGAGCUGUGAAACUAGAAGGCUAGAAGGGAGAAAUGUCGGCUGUAGGCUGUGAAAAAUGAGGCGGGAGGAAAUGCAAGUAACUCUUAACAAAGGCUCUUUUCUGUUCUCGUGUCGUGAGUGGUGACAGAGGUGGAGUCGGUGAAAGGGUAACUCGAGACCGAACGAGAUUCAGUCGGUGCCAGCUUGAAAAUAGUAAGAAUGUGAGCCCAGCAGAAUAAACACAGUUAAGACCUUCAUAGUGGUAAAACUGGACAGAGCACUUACAAGUCUGUGUGUCCAUGCACACUUACUUCUUUGAACAAAGCAGGGCUGUGGAAAGCUUUUCCUUGAAGAUGGUAUCUGAAGAAAAAAACAAAAACUGAAUCUGUCCUCCUCCCCCAGGUGCUUCAUAAAAUAACUGCUAAAGCAAACCUUCAGGAAUAAAAAGUGUGUUUGUGUCUUCUGAAACUAACCUGAUCUUGCAGUCUUGAUAAGUCCUAAAUGAAGAACCAAGUUGGGUGAUGCAGUAACCAAUUAAGAGCAAGAUGUCUUUAAGCAUCUACAGUUUUGUAUUAAUUUUAUUUUUAUUGAAAAGAAUACCUGUCUAAAUAGAAGAAAUGUGAGAAUUUAUUUCUUCACUGUUAAAUUAGCUAGAAUCUUGGGGUUGGUACAUGUAGAAGAUAUUUUUAGCUUGGUCUCCCAUAGGGUUUAUCCGUAAGAAAACCCUGCAGCAUGGUACUGAUUGAAAGAAAGCAAAUGGUGUAAUGAAGCCCACUGUGACAGUGUCUAACUUAAUGUAAGUGUCAGUGUGGGUUGUCUUUAAUGCAGUGGAGUAAAGCAGGUUGUGACCUCAGGCUGACCCUUUAACAGAACAGGUGGAAUAUUAAUAUGUGUAUUAAAACAGCAACCUAACAUAUAAGAAUUAAUGAGCAAAUAAAGAAUAACAAGAUAGUAUUGUUUAUCCAAGAUGGCGAGUUACAAAGGGACCUUGCAAGGCAGAAGGGCUUUUUGAAAUAUUUUUAUGUGACCAUUAUGCUAAUUUAAACUUGAAGUUCUAAAUUAACUUGGCUAUUAGUUAUUAAUGAGGACUUCUGUGCUGUCUACAAAAAUGUAAGGAAAAUCAGUUCUUCCAGUGUAUGCUAUAAAGCAAAGACUAAGUGACUCAGUUGUCUAUUGUUGUAACUAAUUAGAAGUGCCUUUUUUGGUUUGCACUCACCUUUCAUAUUCUCAAUUACUCUAUUUUUGCCUAGGUGUUUUAGAUGGCCCCUGAAGGUUCUGCUUGUAUAUUCAUGUAUGUUUAGUUUGGUGUGUUUGUCUUUUAAACUGAAAAUUUAGCAAUAAAUGUUCUGAAUCUGCAGAGUACACCCAUUCUUGCUUCCCACUGUGUUUGAAGCAUUCUACUAGGAAAUAUAUUUAGUGUGGCAAAAGAUUGCAGUGGUUUUUUUUUGUGAGUCAUCUCCUGUUGCAGUGUUGAAACUUCUUACUUAAAUUAAGCCUUCUGAAGCACUCUACUGACAGCUCUGCUGUCUGUAUGUGUGCAUGUAUUGUAGUAGGUACGGUCUUGAUACAUCAAAAUGCCAUGUGCCUCUUUGAAAUGCAGCUAUUUGUUGCCAAAAGAUCCUUUGCUGGGAUUGGUGCUUAAGGACUUCAUGUAUAUAGACUUCAAAUUCAGCCUUAACCACUUGAUCUUCUUGGAAAUCAGGAUAGGGUGGAAAAUGGCAGUGCUAACUUGACUUCAUGGCUGGUCUAGUGCUUCUUGCAGAAGCACCUUGCAAAGCUGAGUAUUUAUCAACAUUGUCAUACAUAGAGGUAAGAAGAAGUUCAUGAAAUGAUGUGUAAGUUGUGUGAGAGUAUUUGGGGCUUUAAUGGUCAUUUGCCUUCUUCCAUGUUCUUAUCCUCUGAACUGAAGCAGUAGACACACUGUGAAGUGCUCGUACUCUGCAAGCAAUUUGAGCCACUAAGCUGCAAACAGCGUUAAUCAAAUCUUUUGAUGGACCCCCUGCUUCAACAUUAAUCUCUUGGAGGUCUUGUUUACUGUGUAAACAAGGUAAAGGGAAUCAGAAUGCCUCUCAGUGAUGACCAGAACAGUGACUCAGAUUCUUCACGCCUCUCAGAAAGCACAGCUUCUUCCAGUGACUCGGAAUAUUCCAGGCAGAGCUUUAACAGUGACUCUUCAAGCAAACCCAGCUCCCCAGCAUCAGCAAGCCCUCCCAAGGUUAUCACAUUUGAUGAACUGAUGGCAGCUACAAGAAAUCUGUCAAACUGGACUCUAGCUCAUGAAAUUGCUGUAAAUGCAAAUUUUUGCAUAAAACACGAAGACUACCCACAAAACAGCUUUGCAGGCACAGUGAAACAAAUAGUACACAAGGCCUUUUGGGAUCAUUUGGAAUCAGAACUGAAUGAAGAUCCUCCAGAAUAUGAACAUGCUAUCAAGCUUUUUGAGGAAAUUAAGGAGAUUCUUCUUUCCUUCCUGACUCCUGGAGCCAAUAGGAUUCACAAUCAAAUUUGUGAAGUUUUAGAUACAGAUCUUAUAAGACAGCAGGCAGAACACAACGCUGUUGAUAUUCCUGGGCUAGCUAACUAUAUCAUCAACACUAUGGGGAAGUUAUGUGCUCCAAUAAGGGACAACGACAUAAAACAGUUAAAAGCGACUGACAAUAUUGUAGAGUUACUGAGACAAAUAUUCCAUGUUUUAGACCUGAUGAAAGUGGAUAUGGCAAAUUACACAAUUAAAAGCCUUAGACCAUACCUCUGGCAUAACUUGGUGGACUACGAAAGAACAAAAUUUCAGGAAAUUCUUGAAGAAACACCAAGUGCCCUGAAUCUCACAACAGAAUGGAUAAAGGAAUCAAUAGAAGAUGAAUUGUCAUCUAUUUCUCAUGAGUCUUCGUCAUCCCCUGGUGCUGAUAGUAGUUCAAAACCAAUUAUUAGUCCUACACUGGUGCUAAACAAUGGCUACUUGAAACUGUUACAGUGGGAUUAUUGCAAAACAAUUCCAGAGACUCUAAUAACAGAUGAAGUUCGUCUUCAGGAGUUAAGAGAAAAGCUCAAUGAAUUAAAAGUCAUAGCUUGUGUUUCUCUCAUAACAAACAACAUGGUGGGUGCAGCAAUUGUAGAUGUGCCUGAUUUUGCUGACCAGUUGAAAAGGAUCUCCCUUCCUCUUCUUGAAGGCAUGAACAAGAAAAGUUUUGAUUUGAAGGAGGCUCUGAAUGCUAUUGGCUUCCAGAUUUGCAGCGCAGUGAACAAGUCUCUAAGUGAAAGAGGUCUUCCUACUCUUAGUGAAGAAAUGCAGAGCAAUUUAAUGGGUCAAAUUGCUCAUAUUGUUGAAAAGAAUAAUCCUGUCUGUUCUUUGAUUGACAAACGGAUCCAGCUCUUCAUGAGAAGCUUGCUUGCUCUUCCAAGUUUCCAGAAGUGUAUGCCUACUGUGCCAGGAGGCCUUUCUGUAAUUCAGACAGAGAUAGAGUUGCUGGGAUCUCAGUAUGCAAGCAUUGUAAACUUCAAUAAAAAAGUGUAUGGACCAUUCUAUGCAAAUAUACUAAGAAAACUGCUUUUUCCUGAGGCAGCAAUGGAGAAAACAGAAGCAGAAACAUCUAGCAGUUAAAAAACGUACCCUUUUUUUUCAAUCUUCCAAGACAGUGGGGAAGUCGCAUCUCUAAGAACAGCCUACUCCAGUGACUGUUGAUGGGAAAAGGUCUUGUAAAAUGUAUACAGAUAGUUUCUGAAAUUCACUGUAAAGAAAUUAAUUUCAAGGUCAUAUAUAUAUUUUAAUAGAAAAAUAUUUGUUUAAUGGAUUGUCACUUAUAACAGCCAGUGAAUUACUAAUUUCCAUAGCAAGCAUUUAUUGUGACUCGCAGUGGGAAAGAACUGGCAAUGUACUUACUGUUUUGCCACCAUCAAAACAAUGUUAUUUUUCAACUCAAAUAUAUUUACAUAUAGUGUGCAUAUUACUAAAUGACAAAACAACUAUAGAUAAAAUGUACUAUGCUUACAUUGUAUUUUUGUAGAAUAGCAUCUCAGACAGCAAUUAUGUUUCUGAAAGUACUUAGAAGAAGAAAGUAUAGCAUAACUGCUUUAGUAACCAAGCCCAGGUUCAUACUAGGCCAAGUUCAGGUACUCCUGCAAUUACUGGACCCAGAACUUUGCCUCUUACAUUAAGGAAUGCCAGUGGUACAAGCUGUUUGCAGGAUAGCAUUAGUUACCGCAGCAGCACUCACCACUUUGAGUAGGAAUCAUUCAGAACCUCUGGAGUCUAAUCAAGAUUAACAAGAAACACCUGAGAAACAUGAUGGGGGGGUUGGAGUAAAUUUCUGUAUAUAGUGUUUAUUCAGUGGAGGUCAUACAGAUCUUUAAUACUUGUAUGUACUGGUCUUUGAUCUUAAUGGAUGGGUAUGAAGUAUUUUUAAGUUAGAUCUUUCUAACCUUUAUUCCCAAAAUCACUUAAUACUGACUUUACAGUGUAGCACAGAAGAACUACCCCUUUCAUGCCCUUAUCCAACAGAAUGUAUGUUUUUUCACAAGAUAUUCUUAGGCAUGAAAGCAAGAACCCAUGUAAUUAGUAAUUUUUGAAAAUAUUAACAGAUUCACUUAUUUACGGAGUGUGUGAGAAAUGCUCCCAUUUUCCUCAAAUUUCUUUGACCGUGCCCCAAUACUUAGUUCCCAUUUAAGGCAUUGGGAAUCUUGCAUACAGAAAACGAAUAGAAUUGACAUUGAGAAAUGUGGAAGCGAACUUCUUUAAGUUUAAACAGGCUUUGUUUUGCAUAUUUCUGAUUACUGGGAUUAGGUAGUGCUGGAACACACAUUAUAGACAUGUUCUUGUCUAUUAAAAGUGAAUAAUUUACUUGAAAAUUAUAUUUUAAUAUAUUACCAUAUAAUACUCCUGUAAUGUGUCACACAAAUUGUUUAUGUACAUAAAAAAACCUGGGCAUUAUUAACACUGUAGUUCAUUUCUACAGGAAUGUGUACCCUUUAUAGCAAAGGAAAUUACUUCUAUUCAGUUCUUCUCCAGUGGCCAAGGACUUUAGUAACGUGUACAUGUUAAGGAAAACUUUAUUCAAACUGCCUUUUUAGAGAAAUUUCUCUAGUGCACUUCUGUUCUAUCCUGUGUAAGAACAUUGCACAAAAUAAAGAUGAACACAUAUUUUAAAGGGAACUGUUUCCUGGAAAACCUGAGAGAAAGGAACUCUUAGACUAUAAUAACAGUGCCACUAGGUAAACCAGGCUUGCUCAUAUGAAUAUGAAAUUUUGAUAAGCAAUGAAAAAUCAGUAAGAAUACAUUUCAAAAGCAGGUAGAGGGAAUAAAUCUUAGUAGUUUCCUACAAUUUUAGAAAUAUCUACAUGAUUUUGAGCUUCAGCCAAAAGAGAAUUCUAUGAACACUUGAAGUGUAAUUGAAGUGAAUGACACUUGAAGUGUCAUUGGUAAUAUGAUUAUGAACUUUUAGUUGUAAUAUUUUAUAUCCAUUCUAUUGUACAAAUAAAUGUCAAAUUAUAGCUCUUUAAUGAGCUGGGAAAGCUGUCAUAAUAGUUUUUACCAGUAAAUAGUCAAAAUACAGCAUUUAUUGGGUAACUUACAAAGGGCAUUUUAUAGCAUGGCCUGUGAUUUAAGUGAUUGUUUAAUGUGUUUUAAUUUAAUGUUUCAAACAUGGACAUUGCAUCUGUUUAAUGUCAUGUGUUGCAUGCUGUUCAUGCUACUGUGACUGAAAUGCACUUGCCUCUACUCAGACACUGUCCUUGUGAAACAAGAUGCCAUUCUGUAGCAGCUUUGUUAAAAACCAAGUAUUUGAGGGUUUGUAUGCAUUAAAUUUUAUGCAUUUCA